AUGAGUUCUGUUCCACUUCAGUUUCUCUUCUAUGGCUAUUCUGUAACAGGUAAUUGUACAAAACCGCCACAAAUCAUUGGUAAUCGACCCAACCGAGCUUGUAUUGGCACAUCCAAUAGUACAUUCGUCACCGAAUCCAUCAUCGUCGAAACGUAUUGUCCUGGACAAUAUGUUACUGAUUUUGUUUCAAGUUCUCCAAUUGGAAUGAAGAAGAGUGCCAUAAUCAAUUCAAGUUCAACUAUUUUCGAGUUGAUUCUUACCUGGAAUGUCUCAAAUACUCUCCACGGUCCCGAACCACUGUGUGCUGCUGCCGUCGAUAAUUUCCAAUUACAAUCCAAUCAAUGGUGUGUCACAUUCGUCGUUGGUUAUGACUCACCCGAUGUCAUUCGACCAACACUCGUUCAAGGUUCAGCAUCACCCGUCGGCACCGUCUUCCAAAAUCAAUCUGUUUUCUCAUUUCAAACAACAAAAUUCGUUGGCCGCCCAUCACGUAAUGGUACAAAUAUCUACUUCAAAGAUGCUGCUAAUAAUGUAACUGUUGCACAAUUCGAUUGUGGCUGGGCACCUGAAGUGACAUUCACAGGAUACACUACUGUCAUUCGUUUCACAAAUACAUCAUGGAAAGCUGGACACUUCUAUUAUAUCACAAUGGAAGGAGGUGUUGUAAGUGGAACUGAGUUUUGUGGACCCGAAUCAGCACCUAUCAGAGAUCCAACUUAUUGGGUGUUCAACAUCUGGGAUCCAGCUGUUUCGUCAACAACAACAACUACCACAACACCUUUCACAACAGCUACUGUGACAACAAAACCAACAUCGACAACAAGUAUCAACACUUUGUUAACAACAACUGGCAUAGUGGUUACAACUACUACUCCUAUCACAACACCAUCAACGACUUCGACAACUACACCACCAACUACAGCUGCUCCAACAACAGCUGGUCCAACAANAUGCGAAUCUAGUUGCACACUUCAUUUCAUGGUUACAACUACUACUCCUAUCACAACACCAUCAACGACUUCGACAACUACACCACCAACUACAGCUGCUCCAACAACAGCUGGUCCAACAACUCCAGGAGUGACAACUGAGUCCACAGUUGCUGUCAUGUAUCCAAAAGAUUUCGAAGAUGCAUGUAAAUCAUCUGUGGCAACGAUGACAGCUGUGAUAUUUGCUGCAUUGGCUCCUAUACACACUAUGAUUAUGUAUGCUACAUUCACCAAACUGGAGAAGAUGUUCAGUCCAUCUCGUGUGAAUGCUGGUACACGACAUAAGCUGCGAAUGAAACGAAUCAUGCGGUCAUAA